AUGAUGGGGGCACGGUUAAUGUAUCCUGGUGUACCGCCUCCACCGCCGCCACCUUCAUUGAUGGUUCCUGCCUCGGUUCAAAGAAUGAGGCCUCCCGGUCCCUCAGAACCUUUCCAAGCUCCGAUGCCUUUCCUCCGUCCAGGAUUGCCAGGACCACAGCUUAUACCACCACCACCUCCAAAGCCGCAGCCAGUAGUGCUCUCAGCUGCCCCAAAAUUGUACAAAAAACCCAAAGAAGAUGAAGAAAAGAAAGAGAAGCAGGAAAGCAAAAAGAGGAAGCGGGAGCGCGAGCCGUCGCCCGCGCUGGAGGCGGAGGGCGCGGCGGAGGCGGCGCCGUCCCCACAGCCCCCGCCGCCGCCCGCCCCCGCGCCCGCGCCGCCCGCUCCGCCCGACGCCGCGCCCAAGCUCAAGAAGGAGAAGAAGCACAGAAAGGUUAUAAGAACUGCGGGUGGUCAAGUGUGGGAGGAUGUGACACUUUUGGAUUGGCCUGACGAUGAUUUCAGAAUGUUUUGUGGAGAUUUGGGCAAUGACGUCACAGAUGAGCUACUAACCAGAACAUUUAGUAAAUACAGUUCAUUCCAAAGAGCAAAAGUAAUUAGAGACAAACGAACAAACAAAAGCAAAGGUUUCGGAUUUGUCAGCUUUAAAGAUCCAGGCGAUUUCAUUAAAGCUAUGAAAGAAAUGGAUGGACGGUACGUUGGGAGCAGACCUAUUAAACUCAGGAAGAGUACAUGGAAGAACAGAGCUCUCGACGUAGUGAGGAAGAAGGAGAAAGAGAAGGCUGCAUUACUGUCUCUACUUAUGUCAGGAAACAAGAGCUGA